AAUCAAUCGCGCUGUUAAAAAAUCUGAUCAACCGCGGGAGGAGUGCACACGUGGCGGCCAGAGAUCCAGCGUAUAUUCGAGAGACGGAGGAGGCAUGAUAUUUGGGGAUAAAAGGUAAAUUCCUUAAAUGGUAAUGGGGUUUAUGUCCAACAACACCACAAGUACGACUUCAAAAACAAGCAACAGCUGGGAGGAGUUGCCGACUGACUGACUGACUGACUGACUGACCGAGCUAUCAGAGUUAGAGCAAGCCGGUCGCGAAUCUAAUUUCUCUGUAAUUAGUACAAAACCCCUCUUUCUUUCUUUAUUUAGCUGUCGAAUUCGCUGCUGCUGCUGCUGCUUCUAGGUUAGGGUUUUACAUUUGGCUCCCGGAAACUAGAGAGAGAAACAACAGAGAGAGAGAGAGAGAGAGAGCGAGAGCAAGUAAUGGGGCGAGGGAAGGUGCAGCUGAAGCGAAUCGACGACAAGAUCAGGCGGCAAGUGACCUUUUCCAAGCGGAGAAGCGGGCUGAUCAAGAAGGCACGUGAGCUGUCGGUGCUCUGCGGGGUGGAGGUCGGCCUCGUCAUCUUCUCCACCAAGGGGAGGCUCUACGAGUUCUGUAGCGGCUCGAGUUUUGCAAAGCUUCUGGAGCGUUACCAGCAACAUAAUGCUGAGGAAAUUGCUGCUUCCAAGAAUGCUGGUGGUACUGACAAGAAGCAUAAUUUGGAAUGCAGUGGUCUCCGUACAGGCGCUAGCCAAUCUCUGAAAAUGAUUCAAAGUGAUAUAGAAGCACAAGACAUUGAUAAUCUAGAUGUUCCAGAGCUAACCAAGCUUGAGGAGGAAUUGGAUGCAGUUUUAAGACAAACAAGAUCAAGAAAGACACAGCUGAUGAUGGAAACCCUUACAGCUCUUAUCGAGCAGGAAAAACAGCUGAAAGAAGAGAAGCUUCUCAUGGAAAAUGAGAUUGCAGCAAAGGAGCAGCAGAUCAGGGACCGAGCUGCCGACGAGGAACCGGCUCAGCAGAACACUUCCACCGCUAAUAACACCACCAUCACCUCCAACAACAACAACAACUGCAGCAGCGACGACGAUGUUCCGGCCACCAUGCUUCGUUUGUUUUGACUACUUUCUAGGGUGUGGGCAACUUAUGUACUAUAUUGUAUACGUGGCAAUAAGGCGAGGUGACACGUCUACCAACUCUGGGGACAUAUGUCUUUGAGAACUGAAAUUGUACGGCAGAGUGGACCUCGCCUCUCCGUGUUGUAUAAUAUAUCGUGUAUGAACGGGAUCCCGACUUGAAUUUGUAUGUAGGGCCACAGUAUUUAAUUUUUAUGUUUUUCUUUGGUUGGGAAUUUUAAUGAAACACUUUUGAUACUGUUCA